AUGUUCGGUUGGUACAGAAGGGCAUUCAUCGACACCGGGAGCUCGGCUCCCUUGACGCACGUCAUGGCUGGCGUGUGGGCCAUGGCGUUCGGCAUGGAGCACUACUUCCAUCACAAGUACCACUCGCACAGCGAGGCUGCGCACCCCGCGACCGAGGGCGGCGACGCGGCGGCGCCGUCCGCGGCGGCCGCGGCGGCGAAACCGGCGGACGACGAGAAGCCGAGGACCAUGGAGGAACUGAAGAAGGAAGUCGAAGAGUUGCGCGGGGACGUCGCGGCGAUGAAGAAGGCCGUGGCGCCGCCCGCGCCCGCGCCCGCGGCGGCGAAGUAG